AAAACCGCGAAUUCAGUUCCGAAUUGUUGCAGAUACCAAAAAUAAUUUAAAAAACGCAAUAAAAAUGGCUUUGUGGGUUGACAAAUAUCGUCCAAAAAGCUUAGCGAAGCUGGAUUAUCACAAGGAACAAGCUCAAAUGUUGAUUAAUUUAUGCAAACAAGGAGAUUUUCCGCAUUUAAUGUUCUAUGGACCAUCAGGUGCCGGCAAAAAAACUCGCAUAAUGUGUCUCCUGCAAGAACUUUACGGAAGCGGCGUGGAAAAACUUCGCAACGAGACAAUGCAAUUCACAACGCCGAGCAACAAAAAAAUCGAAAUAAUGUCUGUUGGCUCAAAUUAUCACAUUGAAAUCAAUCCCAGCGACGUUGGCAUCUACGAUCGUGUUGUUGUGACGGAAAUGAUCAAGCAAAUCGCGCAAACGCAGCAAAUUGAUCCCACGGGACAGCGGGAAUUCAAAACUAUUGUCCUUUCCGAAGUCGAUGAACUCACAAAAGAUGCCCAACACGCGCUGCGUCGCACAAUGGAAAAAUAUGUCGCGACUUGUCGCUUAAUUUUAUGCGUUAAUUCAACCUCUCGAGUCAUUCCUGCCGUCAAAAGUCGUUGCCUAGCGAUUCGUGUUGCUGCGCCGACAAUUUCUGACAUCACUGGUAUCUUAGAAUUCGUUUGUCGCAAGGAAAAUCUUCAGUUGCCCGCAGAAUUAGCAACGAGAAUUGCUGAAAAGUCCGAAAGAAACCUUCGGAGAGCGAUUUUGAUGCUCCAGGCAUGCAAAGUGCAACAAUAUCCCUUCACAAAUACGCAAACCAUCCCGGAACUCGACUGGCAAACGUAUUUAAAAGAGACCGCAUCGCAAAUUUUGCUCGAACAAAGCCCCGAAAAACUUGCACAGGUCCGGGAACGCCUUUAUGAGCUCAUCGGACAAGGAGUUCCGCCUGACAUGAUCUUCAAAGGACUCGUUCAGUACCUCACCGAAAGUUGUGACAUGACAAUCAAGGCAAGAACCAUCAAAAAUGCAUCUUUGUACGAAUAUCGCAUGACCCAAGGCAGCAAACACAUUUUCCACUUGGAAGCAUUUGUCGCCCAAUUCAUGUCCAUCUACAAGGGAUUCAUGCAGCAAAUGUCUGUCAUGGAUUUUGAAUAAUUUUUCUUUAUUUUCUAUCUUUAUCAUGUAUAAUGUGUCCUAUUUUAAUACUUAAUUAAACGCAAAAAAUACAGUUUUGUAAACGUAAAACGGAAGAAAAUGGAAAAUUGCAUUAUUUAAAGGAGAAAUCUCCAAAAAGUGACGCCAAAAAAACGACAAACCCCAAUUUUUUAUCACGAAAUUCAAUUUUUUUAACAUUUCUAGAGGCACUUUUGGUCUUUCCUUCACAGAAAAAUCGCGAAUUUGUCGUUUUUUGGGCAUCACCAACAUUUAUAGCUAUUAAAAUUACAAAAAAAAAGUUCA